AUGGAAUCAAUCGUGUAUGAGAACUCGCCUUUGGCCGAAUAUUUGGAAGGGGAGGGUGGAAACGAAGAAAGCUGCCCCGUGGAGGAGAAUCAAAGCGACGAUGAUCAUACCCGUUCCUGCAACUUUGCCCCUCGAGGGGCUUCCAAAUUCCAGAAUCGCGUUCGAAACAAGCUGCCGAAACCUCUCAAUCUACGAGGCACACCGCAGGGGGAACUAAUCGAGAAACUAUAUGACACCUGCUCGUCUGCCCUGAACAUCCGAUUGGCACGAAGCGAUAACAAACGAUUUUUGGAACAAUUUGGCUACGUUAUUGUCGCAUCGCAACUGUUAAACGAACACAGCGCUCCUUCCUACACAUCCGCUGCAGAUGUCCUGUCUGCAAAGCAACCCUCCGCUCUCCCGUCCCUAUCUACAACUUUUGGAAUUCAAGGCGCCAUUGUCACAGCCGCCACUUCUUUUUCUAUCGCUUGGUUAUUACAUUGGAGCCGUUCAAGGACUGGGUCAGGAUUCAGUCUCAAGAAGGUUGGAGUGCUUCUGAUACUUGUGCCCGCUGUCGGUGUCUUGUUCUAUGCUUUCGCAAAACGGCAAUGGUUGAAAUAUCUCCGGCACCAGGCGGUUGAGGCAGUUGGCGCUUUCAUUGGAAACGCUCAGGGAUUUGACUCUGCUGCGUCAGCUUCUGUGGUCUUUAUUCAGGAGGUCGAACUUGUCUCGAGAGGUUAUCGGAUAAGCACUCCUCUACCCCCUAUCAGUCGGCUGGAGGAUCUAGUACAAACGCGACGGUGCUUGAGAUUACGCAGAGCGGUCUCAGAAUGCUUCUACUCCAUGCUCGAACGGUAUAUUCAAUCCCAGAACACAUUACGCCCACUUACCGAUGACGGCAAUCUUGCGAAAUAUUACGACAUUUAUGACAUUGGACUGGAAGAACUCGAAGCGGUUGAGGCGUCGUUGUCGCAGCGAGCCAACGAAGACCAGUACUCAUUGCGCGCUCUGAGGGAUCUAUUUGGAAAACUGUAUAGUGUGAGGAAAAGCGUGCUGUGCUGCUUGCUAGCCCUCAGCGCCGACGGUGGUGGCUCCGAUAUUGCUCGGUGGAGUUCUGCUGUCGAGGAAAUGCGUGAGCUCGCUACAGUGACCGGCAACAGCAUGCUGAAAAUGACAGCAAUUUUAAAUGAGGAGGACCGUGAUACUAUUCCUCCAUCCCCAUUACCUUCCGCCUCACCAAGCAAGGACCACCUGCGUGCUCAAUUUCGACGGCUCAACUCUUUAUCACAAGGGGUCCGUGCCUUGCAUGCUAAAAUGCACAUUGCCAGCGAGGAGUCACAUGCCAAUCUAGAACGCUCAGACCCUGAUGAGUUCGAAACCAACCUCCUUACGCAAUAUGACUCGAUUGGCAGUGAUCUUAGGGCUCUUCUCCAAGAGUGGGAAGCUGGUAAAGCCGCAUUGGUAAACCACCACGAUCGCCUUAGCGUCGGGGAUCCCUCGCGACCACCAAGUACUUUCUUGUUACCCAUGUCCCCCACCCCCAGCCUGGGAGGAUCUACGGCGGUUGAGGGCAGCCCAACGGAUGCAUUGAAAGCCUUAACUGGCGAGGGCCGGCCGGAUCUGACCCAGACCUAUGAUGAUGAGGAAAUUUUCGAAGCUGUUGUACUCCCGGCCUCGAGAAACAAGAGAAUGUCUUUGACAAGAGACGAGCGUCUUGCGCUGUUGGAAGCACGAUUGGAACAGGCCAGCCUUCUGAAGCGCGUCGUCGACGCCAUCAAGGAUCUUGUCCAGGACUGCAAUUUCGAUUGCAAUGACUCCGGAAUCGCCCUCCAGGCCAUGGACAACUCGCACGUUGCCCUAGUUUCCAUGCUGCUCCGUGCUGAGGGUUUCUCUCCUUACCGUUGCGACCGUAACAUCGCCCUCGGCAUCAACCUUCUCUCCCUAACCAAGGUGCUCCGCGCCGCCCAGAAUGAAGACAUCCUGACCCUCAAGGCCGAGGACUCACCCGAUGCCGUCAACCUCAUGUUCGAGAGUGCAGAGACAGACCGACUCAGCGAGUAUGACAUCAAGCUCAUGGAUAUUGACCAGGAGCACCUGGCCAUCCCUGAGACUGAGUACGCCGCUACCGUGGAGAUGCCUUCUUCUGAGUUCCAGCGCAUCUGCAGAGAUCUCAACGCACUGUCUGAGUCUGUUGUGAUUGAGGCCAGCAAGGAGGGUGUCAAGUUCUCCUGCCAGGGUGAUAUCGGUAACGGAUCCGUCACUAUCCGCCAGCACACCAACGUCGACAAGCCCGACCAGAACGUCGUCAUCAACCUCUCCGAACCUGUCGCCCUGACCUUCUCCCUCAAGUACCUCGUCAACUUCUGCAAGGCCUCCAACCUGUCCUCAUCUGUCGUGCUGCACCUCUCCCAGGAAGUGCCUCUGCUUGUUGAGUACGGUCUGGGAAGUGGUCACCUGCGUUUCUACCUCGCUCCUAAGAUCGGUGACGAAGAGUAA